UUUUUUAUGUACAUAUAUGGGACCAUGCAUAGAGCUUUGGGAAAUUUAGAGCUCUAUCACUUUUUAGAUCGCUUACAAUCAAUUCUCUCUCUACCCCAAAUUCCAGUAUCUGGAUACCGCAGAAAUCCUUGAAAAUGGAAGGAACUGUGUUCACCCCUUCUUUGGAGGAAAUGAAGCAUGUCAAGUCUGACAGAGGAGAACUGUUGACAAAGCCUUUCUUGGAUGUCUGCAAGCACGUAUUGCCUAUUCUAGACAAAUUUGGAGCUGCUAUGACGGUUGUGAAAUCUGAUAUUGGUGGUAAUAUAUCGAGGUUGGAAUCACAAUACUCGGCCAAUACGUCCAAAUUCAACUACUUGUUCAGUUUUGUACAAGCAGAAGUCGAAACAAAAACAGCAAAAUCAUCAUCAAGUUGUACGAAUGCUCUUCUUUGGUUGACAAGAGCGAUGGAUUUCUUGGUGGAGCUGUUUCGGAACCUACAUGACCAUCUAGAUUGGUCAAUGACACAAGCUUGUACCGACUCCUACGCCAAGACUUUGAAGAAAUGGCACGGCUGGCUUGCUAGUUCAAGUUUUACGGUUGCUAUCAAGCUUGCCCCGGAUAGGAAAAAGUUCAUGGAGUUGAUAGGAGGGGGAAACGGGGAUCUUGAUCCCGAUAUGGAAAAGUUUUGCACCACAUUCUCACCAAUGCUUCAUGAGAUCCACAAGUUUCUGGCUGGUGUUGGCUUGGAUGGUAUGAAAGCUUCAUAAGGGCAUGCAGGGGUCUUCCUUACCAGCAACUCUUCAUUUGUUGCCCUUUGUUUUGGCUUCUUUCCAAUUUUACCCUUUUCUUUGCUUUGUUUUCUUCAUGUCUUUUGGUCUGUGACUUCUGAAUCUUUAUAUUACUUUUGUUCUUAGAAAUCUACAUUGUUACUAAUAGGCAAUAGCUCAAUACCAUUUUUCAUUCAUAUAUAUCUUAUUUUACCGACAUGGUAAAUUGUAAAGCUUCUUCUUGUCUUAUUGUAUGGUUUUGUUACCAGCUGAAAAUGGUUUUGUUUCUCAGUGAUCUCUAACGGGUAGAGUUUAUUUGGCGUUCGCAGUUGUGAAGGUGAUCGGAAGUAGAUUGCUUGGUGAACAUAAAAAGUGUGUUGAGUUUUAAAAACUAAUGUUUUUAAAAAAGGACCUAUAUAUGAGAUGCUAUGAAGCAUCGAUGCUCCUAGAGAUUGCCGUAUCCGUGUCGGAUGCAACACUCAAAGGACACACCACGUGGCAUGUCCAUUAAAAAUGGAGUAAUAGUUUUUGUAGGGGACGCAAUGGGGAGCUGAGUGCACGCUUGGGUAGAGGCAGAGUCAAGAAUUGAAGUCGAAGGGGGCCGAACGAUGAAAUAUAUUUCGAUAUGAUAAUUUUUGGAGAUUAAAUCUGGUCAUUUGAGUUUUUAUGAGACAAUUUUGAUAACUUUAAGAAUUAAUCUUGAGUAUUAUUGCUAUCAUAUCACGACACACGGUAUGAUCAUUAUCGAAUGGUAACAUCCACCAUAAUUUAAUACGCUCAAGAUGAAACUGUUCAUUCUGUUAAAUUAGGAUGGAAAUUCUAUAAUUUGCAUACAGAUAUGUAUCAGAAUUAUACAAACUAUACUUGGCCACAAUUGGAGUGCGCCCCAGGCGAAUCGAAAUGAUGCAAUGCGCCUCAGGCGCCAUUCAAGUGCGCCCCGAGAGCAUCCUACACAAAUCAAAUGCGCCUCAGGUGUAAUUAAAGUGUGCCUUGGGCGUAUACUCAACAGAUCAAAUGUUCCUUGGGCGCAAUUCAAGUGCACUUGGGUGCAUGCUCAAUAGAUCAAAUGCGCACCUCAAGCGCAAUUCAAGUGCACCCUGGGCUCAUCCUACACAUAUAGAGUGCGCCUCAGGCACAAUUCAAGUGUGCCCGGGCGCAUUCUGACCAAAUCAAAUGUGCGCCUCAUGUGCAAUUCAAGUGCGCCUUAGAAUAAAAAAUUGGGCAGGGUUAGGGCCCCUUCGUCCCCAAAAUAGCUCUAACACUGUACUCGGGACACGCAUGGAGACACAAUAGAGUAAUUUUUACAAAUUUUAAGCGCUUUUCCGCGAUAAAGUAUUCUUGAACCUCAAAAGUAUUGGGCCAAAAGUGCAAUAGAUAACAUAUGUGUACAGGCAUGCACUAUCAGGCGAAAAUAUAUUCGAUAGGAGUCCCGACAUAAAUAUUUAGUGAUUACACAUUUGUUUGUAUAUAUAACUACGAAAAUGUUUUGUGAAUCUGAGCCAUCCAUUUAUCUUUGAUGGAUCAAAUUCAUGUAUUGUAUCACGCCUCAUAUAACUAAACCUAUUAUUUUAUUAAAAAAAUGAUAUGUCCCGUGUCGUGUCCGUAUCCCCAUUUUACAACCAGACCCAGAGGAGUUGGUAUCUAGAUAGGCACAUGCCUCUUAAGAAAAGAACAGUUAGGAGUCAACCCAAAAAUAGCAAACUACACAUAUAGGAGGUUUUAUCAGCUCUGCCACCUUGGAUCCUCCCCCUGAAAACCUGGCCAUCUACUGGUUUUAGUUGUUCCACAAAUAAUAAAAGAGAAAACGCCUAGCCACCAGAAAAAAGGAAUUGAACCAAACCUGUCAAGAAAAACAUAUCAGGCCUUCAUAUCAUAUAUUUUUCUCUUUCCUUCUUUUUUGCGUGCAAAGAACAAUGAGAAAUUCCUCGUAGAUCUUUUGAGCUUUUUUAUUAUCUUCCUCUCUUUUUUCUUGCACCGAACACGUUCAGAAGAGAUGAUACACCAUGUUUGUUCCGCCGAUGGGAGAAUUUGAUGUGAGUUUCAUCCUGCGAAUAUCGGCUUCUCCAUGGCAUUCUCUCAAAUUUUAUUCUGAAGAUCAGAAGCAGCGAAAACAACUAGGAGGUGGAACAUUUCUUGCUCGCCAAAAUGACGACGAUGAAGGGGAUCUUGAAAGGAUUAAGAUACAUCUCGCAAAUAUUUGGUA